AUUCAAAUCCAUUUUCUAGCAUGGGGUAAAACCUCAUCUCAAGAAUCUAGAGCUGAAAUAAAGAAUAUUACUACAAAAGGAUAUAGUUUAAUGAUAUGGGUGGAAAUUUAUAACAGAAUAAUUAGUGUGGAUUCAUUUUUUACUGUCCUAGCUCCUUUCCAUUCUCAAUUCUCCUACUACAUAAUAAGAAAAAAGGGCAGCUACGAGUUCAACCGCUGAAAACAAGAGAAGUACGAUUUGGUAAAAAUGGAAAUAUACAGUAUAAAGCUAAGCUUUUCUUCUUGUUUUCCCAAAAUAUAAUAUUCAUGGUUAAGACGUGGGGAGGAGCCAACAGCAAUGGACAUUUCCUUAUUCAUUAUUUAAAUAUUUUCUUUGACCCUUGACGUCUACAGUCUGCAAAUAAUCUAUAAAUAUGGAGAAUUCUUAUUGCACUUUCCACUUUCCACUUUCUCCCUUUCUAAGUACAAUUUUCCAUAAUUAACCUUUCCUUCACAAAUUUCCCGACACCCAUAAAAUACACACACAUACUGUGCAUGUUCUGAAAUCCUAUAUCAGUGAUGCCCAAGUGUUUUAGCUUAACGGCUACAAAGAACAGAUGCCUCAAAUCCAGUUUCAGCAGUCGUGGUCUCCGAUCUACUGUUACUGACCUCAAAGAUGGCACAAUCAUGCACUGUUGGGUACCCAAAACAAGAAAAUCAACCCGACCCGACUUGGUCCUGAUCCAUGGGUUCGGAGCCACCUCCAUGUGGCAAUGGAGCGAAACGGUACGAAUCCUCUCACGGCACUUUAACGUCUACGUCCCCGACUUAGUAUUCUUCGGAGACUCCUACACGACCCGACCCGACCGGUCCGAGUCAUUUCAAGCUGAGUGCGUGAAGCGCGUGAUGGAGGCGAACUCGGUGGUGAAGAUGAGCGUUGUUGGGCUGAGCUACGGUGGUUUCGUGGCGUAUAAUAUGGCGGCGCAGUUUAAGGAUUGUGUGGAGAAAGUGGUGAUUUGCUGUGCCGGAGUUUGUUUGGAGGAGAAGGAUUUACAAGAAGGGUUGUUUGCGGUAAACAGUGUGGAGGACGCGGCCAACAUUCUGCUGCCGCAGACGGCGGAGCAAAUGAGAGAGUUGAUGGGUUACACGUUCGUUAAAGCUCCGGCGAAAGUUUUGCCUUCUUGCUUGCUUACUGACUUCAUUGAUGAAAUGUUUACAGAUUAUGUAAAGGAGAAGAAAGAACUGCUUCUUGCAAUUGCGAAAGACAGGAAGCUUUCCGAUCUACCUAAGAUAACUCAGCCGACGUUAAUAGUGUGGGGGGAUCAAGACAAAAUAUUUCCUUUAGAACUAGGUCACAGAUUGAAAAGGUUCAUUUCCCCUACUGGGUCUGGGAAUUUAGGUGAGAAUGCUGAGCUGGUGGUGAUCAAGAAUGCAGGUCAUGCUUUCCUUUAUGAGAAACCCAGAAAAUUUCAUAAGCCUUUGAAAUCCUUUCUCUUGGGUUCCACAAAAAUUCCUUCUCAACACCAAACAUGAUUCACUGCUGCCUGUAAUUUGGGGAAAUUUUUCUAUUACUGGUGAAAAGCCAUAAUGUAUUAUCUCAAUUUUUGGUAUGUAAUUCUUGUAGCUCUCAUUGAGAGCCACCAUCCUAUGAAAAUUUUUAACUUUUGAUA